UGGGAAACGAACAGAGAUCAUCCAGGGAGGGAGAACGUAUGGAGUGAGAAGAGGGGAGGCCCAGGAAUACCGCUACUCAAGGUGGCCGCGCAGCUUCCUGGCGGGCACCACCGCCAGGGCUCGAGUCAGGCAGGGCCGGUGUUGGAAGCCGGCUGUGGGGCUCUGUGGCUGAGCGCUCUUGGCGAAGUCGGGUACCCUCCCUGUGAUCAGCAGUCACACCUGGCGAGAAUGCGCAUCUCACAGGAAUGCUGGGCGAGGACUUGAGAAGAUGUGCCAGGUCUGCCUGUGUGUCACCAGCACUUGCAAGGCUAGAAAAGGAGGAGGAACCUGUCAGAAUUCCUGCAGGACAGGAAAAGGAGGGGACAUCUCAACAUGGAAAGACUCUACAAUGAAAAUGAAGGAAAGCCAGAAGAUGAAGUAAAUACAGAAGAUGAAGGAAAGUCAGAUGAGGAAGAAAAGCCUGAAGUGGAGGGGAAGCCAGAACAUGAGGGACAGCUCCAGGACCAGGGACAGCCAGAUGAUGAGGGACAGCCAGAUGAUGCGGGGAAGCAAGAAAAGCAGGGCAAGUCUGAAGAUGAGGGAAAAGCACGUGGUGAGGGCAAGUCAGAACCCCAGGCAAAGCCAGGGAGCGAGCCGCGGGCUGCCGAGAAGCGCCAGGCUGAAGAUUAUGUGCCUCGGAAAGCAAAACGAAAAACAGACAGGGGGACAGACGAUUCCCCCAAGGACUAUCAGGAGGACUUACAGGAAAGGCAUGUGGGCAGUGAGAUGAGAGAAUGUGGAGAUGUGUCACGGGCUCAGGAAGAGCUAAGGAAAAAACAGAAAAUGGGUGGUUUUCAUUGGAUGCAAAGAGAUGUGCAAGAUCCAUUCGCCCCAAAGGGCCAAAGGGGUGUCAGGGGAGUGAAGGGCGGAGGUAGGGGCCAAAGGGGCUUACAUGAUAUCCCAUAUGUUUAACGCCCUCGGCCUUCAAUUCUGAUUUCUCUAAUGAGAAUAUUGCCCACCCUGCUUUCCCUGGCAGGCAUUUGCCAGGCCAUGUGCUUUAACCUUAAGCUGAUAGUUUGCUUUAGGUGUCACUCUUGUUGCCAGUAGCCUUUUGAUCCAACUACAGCACUCUGUUUCAGUAGGGGAUUUCCUCCCACGUGCAUGGAAAAGAUGUCCAUGGUACUUUGUAAAAUAACAAAGAAAAAUGUUUUCAGAACCGCAUAUACGGUAUCAGCCCAUUUUUGUAAAAACAUUGUUUGCCUAAUGCAUUUGGGCACAGAGAAAACCCUGAAGGUGUGUACACUGAAAAGAGGCGAUUCCUCUAUGGUGGCCCAAAAUAGGUCUUGCCUGUCCUCAGGAAUGAGUGCAGUCACCUGAUGGUUAGGCACCUCCAUGCCAUUCCUCGGCAGGCGUGCCCAUCCCCAGGUUGUCCCCGAGUUGGAACCAUGUCAGGGGGCACUGAGGCCCCUUCUCCUGGGUCCACUACCAUCCCGUGGCUCCCACCUUGUGUGAUUCUUUUUCUUUGCUUUUGUCACUCAUCACUUUUUCCUAAAGGAUAUAUGGGUUAUAUUUGUCAUAAUAAAAAAUAUCUAAAACCAGAAAAUAAUACAUGACAAGUGAUUGAACUGUUCAGUGAGUUUAUGAGGGCAAUGAAGACACUUAAAUUUCCUGUUGUAAGAAUAUGUAAUAAUAUGUAAAACACAUUACCUCUGGGACUUUUAGAGGAAUUAACCUGGCAGUUAUAACAGACCCACUGAUGUAAGGGUCAGUAUUGUCAUCUGUGAAAUGGGGAUAAUACUUGUUUCACAGGUCUGCUUAGUGGGUCAGAUGAGGUACUGAGUAUGUGAGCUGUGUUGUGACCCAGCCUCCACCAGAUACUUGGGGGAGGAAUACUUCCCACACCAGAUACUUGGAGGAGGACUGAGAGUGGUCUCCCUGUGUCCAGGAACAAAUCGGGCAGCUGAGAGAUGGGUGUCAUUCUCUCCUAGAUACUGCCAUAUCUCUUGGGCACUGUGCCCCUUUUCCUAGGUCCCUUAUAAAUUACCGACAAUGUCUAGUGAGUUGGUGGCCUUAACUUGCCAAAAGCCUAUCAAUUUCUCCGGAGCCAAUGAGUACCCAUCCUUGACCCCUAUAGAAGUGUGGAUAAAAUCUUCUCACCACUUUAGAGUUACAAUUACCCAGUUACCUGUGAGUAUGUCCCUAGAGUUACUUGGGGCUCAAUACCUUUCAGAUAUUUUUAAGCAAAAUGAUCAUUCAUCUGUAUUUUGUUGGUUUGUGUAUUUUUGCAUAUAUAAAUAUCCCUCUCACCAAAUUCAGAUAUUGCAAGU